AAAUCUUCGCCAGGACGGUAGUGGAGAGUACUCCGGAGUACGGAGUAUAUAGGAGGCGCACGGGGUGCAGGCACGGCUGCAACGAGCCGACACUCAACAAACCAACGGCUACCUGAAGCGCAUCCUUACUUGGAAGAAUCGGGAGAGAUUAAUGGAGGCCGCCCUGUCGCCAGAGCCUCACUUCGUGGUCAUCCCAUGGCCAACCACCAGCCACAUCAUCCCCCUCGUCGACAUCGGCUGCCUCCUCGCCGCCCACGGCGCCGCCGUCACCAUUCUCACGACGCCCGCCACCGCGCAGCUCGUCCAGAGCCGCGUGGACCGCGCCCAGGCCGGCUCCUCUGCUGGCAAGAUCACGGUCACCUCUAUCCCUUACCCGUCCGUCGAGGCCGGGCUGCCAGCCGGGUGCGAGAGGCUCGACCACGUGCCCUCUCCCGACAAGGUGCCAGCCUUCUUCGACGCCACCAUGCGCUUCGGCGACGCCGUGGCAGACCACUGCCGCCUCCUCAACGCGUCGUCAUCGCCUUCUCGCCGUCCGAAGUGCGUCAUCGCCGGGAUGUGCAACACGUGGGCGCACGGGAUCUCGAGCGAGCUCGGCGUGCCGUGCUUCAUCUUCCACGGCUUCUCCGCGUUCGCGCUGCUGUGCUGCGAGUACCUGCACACGCACAAGCCGCACGAGGCGGCGGCGUCGCUGGACGAGCUCUUCGACGUCCCGGUCCUGCCGCCGCCCUUCGAGUGCCGGUUCGCCAGGAGGCAGCUGCCACUCCAGUUCCUGCCAUCCUGCUCCAUCGGGCAGGACAGCCUGCGCGAGCUCCGCGAGUUCGAGCUGGCCGUGGACGGCAUAGUGGUGAACAGCUUCGAGGAGCUCGAGCACGGCUCAGCGGCGCGCCUCGCUGAGGCCACCGGGAAGACCGUGCUCGCCGUCGGCCCCGUCUCCCUGUGCCACGGCGCGCCGGCUCCGGACGCCUCGGAUGACGCGAGGCGGUGCAUGGCGUGGCUGGACGCCAAGAAGACCCAGUCCGUGCUCUAUGUCAGCUUCGGCAGCGGCGGGCGCAUGCCGCCCGCGCAGUUCAUGGAGCUAGGCAUGUCACUCGUGUCGUGCCCCUGGCCUGUCCUGUGGGUCAUCAAGGGCGCUGACUCGUUGCCUGACGACGUCAAGAAAUGGCUGCAGGAGCACACCGACGCUGACGGCGUCGCGGACAGCCAGUGCCUUGCGGUGCGUGGCUGGGCGCCGCAGGUGCCCAUCCUGUCGCACCCGGCCGUCGCGGGUUUCCUGACGCACUGCGGGUGGGGAUCCACUCUGGAGAGCGUCGCCGCGGGCGUGCCCAUGGCGGCCUGGCCGUUCACCGCGGAGCAGUUCCUGAACGAGAAGCUGAUCGUGGACGUGCUUGGGAUCGGUGUGUCCGUCGGCGUGACCAAGCCCACGGAGGGCGUCCUGACCGGUGUCGGCGGCGAGCCUGCGAAGGCGGAGGUGAGGAUGGAACAGGUGAAAAGGGCAUUGGAGAAGCUCAUGGUCGGAGGAACCGAAGGGGAAGAUAGGAUCAGGAAGGUUCAGGAGCUCAAGGCGAAAGCGAAGGCUGCUUUGGAGACUGGCGGCUCGUCGUACAUGAACCUGGAGAAGCUGGUCCAAUCGGUCGUUUGAGUUCAGCACGGCAUCUCGAUUCUGAAUAAGUUCUGCUGUGUUCGCUGAUGGAUGUACUGGACAUAUUGGGGCUUCUUGCUUGAAGCCUUGAAAUGUGCUUAUGUGCACUUCCCGUGCGGAAGUGCUCCUGUACUUCCGAGCCAAAAGUUUCUACCAAUUUCAAUGCACAAUAAGCUGUCACGAUUAGGCCAUGAUUAACUCCCA